UAAAAAUCAAUUUUUCUCUCCAGAUUUUUUUCGUUGGGUCUUCUUCGCUUCACACACAUCCUCUGUUUCCAUGGAGCCAUCCCUGGAAGAGGGAGGGGUAACCAUCCCUUCCAGGACUAUCGCUGAGAUUAUUAUUCAUGUUCGGGCACGUGUGGCCGAUAUCAUGUGGUUAGUAUAUGUAUUUGUGCCCAAAAUACAUGUUCAACUCGUUCAGAUUAUUGUGGACGUUCUUGCAUUUGUGCCCAAAGUCGUGAGAUGGUAUUUUGAUUUCGGCGACUCUUACUACCAUCGUGCAAGGGAAGAGAAGGGAAUUCUUUGUUGCAUCUUCUUCUCUUCAUUAACAAGGAAAUAUGCAUUUAUAAUAUCAUGUAUUGCAGUGUCAAUAGAUCCUUUGUUCUUUUACAUUCCAGUCAUCGAUGAGGAGAACAAGUGCCUUGGAAUAGAUAAAAAGUUGAAGACUGCAGCUCUUUGGUUGCGAGCACUUCCUGAUGCCGCUUUCGCACUGCAUACUAUAAAUCAUGUGUUUACGUUCCAGUCAUCGAUAAUAAGAACAUGUGAUGUAUUCUACUUUUUUCGAAUACUUUUCGUCAGCUUCACGAUGAGCUUAAUUGGCGCUUUCCUUAUCCUUCCCAUCCCACAGUUGGCAAUAGUAGUUUUCUUUUUCAAGUCAGGAGGACAUUUCAGCCAAACAGUUACCAUCGUGAACGUGUUCCUUGUUAUGCAUUAUCUGUCCAGGGUUUUCCUAAUCUACAGAUUCAGUGAUUAUCUCAAGUACAAAACCAAACCACGGGUUCAAGCUGCAUUCAAUUUUUUCUUCUACGUCCUUGCUAGUCAUGUAUUUGGAGGUUUUUGGUAUUUCUUUUCUAUUCAAAGAGAGAUAUCAUGCUUGCAUCAAUCCUGUAAAAAUGCUAUAAGUUGUGGAGCUACUGAUUAUUGCAGUGGCAGUACUUCUUCACGAAAUAUCACCUUCCUAAAUGAGUUAUGCCCGUCAAAUCCACCAAAUGCUACCGUAUUUAAUUUUGGAAUAUUUCUUGAUGCCAUUCAAUAUGGAACCACAAGAUCAAUGCAUUUUCCAACCAAGUUCUUCUACUGCAUAUGGUGGGGCGUCAGAAAUCUAAGUAACUUUGGUACGAAUAUGCAAACAAGUAGCUAUGUGUGGGAAAACUGCUUUGCAAUUAUCGUUUCUUUGAUUGGCCUGCUAUUAUUUUUAUAUCUCCUUGGAAACCUACAGGUAUAUAUGCAACAAGCACUCACAAGAUCAUUGGCUAAGGAGGAGUUAGGACGUGAGAAAGAAAAGGAGAUACAAAUGUGCAUGAAAAUGCAUGGCAUGUCAGAUGUAUCUGUUAGAUUUUAUUUGGGUAAUAUUAAAAAAAAGGAAUUGGAUAAAAACAUAGAUGGUGAAGUGAAUGGGAUUUAUAUCAUCUCUGUUGUUGACGGGUUUUGGAGAGGAAUUAUGCGCAACAGUAUUUGCUGGGAGAUGCUGAAAAAAGUAAAGGAACUUCAAAAUUUGAACAAUGAAGCGUUGGAAAUGAUCUGCGCCUAUCUCAAGCCAAAGAUCUUCAAGGAGAAUGAGAUGGUGGUUGAAGCGGGACAGCCACUUAACGCGAUGGUCAUUAUUAUAGCAGGCUCUAUGCAGGCGUACCAGCCAAUUAGGGUUGCUGGAGAGGCGUGUCCCUCAACCUCAUUUGAAACUCUUGACAAAGGUAUGUUUGUUGGAGAACAACUUCUGGAUUGGGUAGCGAAAACCAAAACUUUCGAGGACCAACCUGUUUCAUUCAAAACUGUCCGAUGUUCCAAAAAAGUAGAAGCCUUUGCUCUUACCGUUGAUGACUUGAAAACUUUAGUGCGCUCCGAAGACAUCUUCUCGAUGAAGUCAAAAGUUGGCAUUCUUAAAAUUGCUGCAAACCCGAAGAUACGAGAGAAAUUGGAGGCAAUAUUUUUGUGGAUGACACUAAAUGGCAUUUCUGAUGAUCUGGCGCUAGUUACUAUGCGUCAUAUUAGUCGAGAUAAAUUGAAAGAAAACAUUCAUGUUGAAGUGGAUGUGAAUUAUAUCUUCUCUGUUCUUGGCCAACAUAGGAAAGACAUUAUGCGCCGCCAUUUCUUCAUGAAAAUGCUAAAAAAAGUAAAGGAGCUUCAACAUAUGAAUGAUCGUGCAUUGGGAAAGAUCUGCGACUAUCUCAAGCCAAAGGUGUUCGAGGAGAAUGCCAAGGUUGUUGAAGUGGGAGAGCCACUUAACGCGAUGCUCUAUAUUAUAGCAGGCUCUAUGCAGGCGUACCUGCCAAUUACGGAUGCUGGAGAAGCAGCUCCAUCAACCUCAUUCGAUACUCCUGAGAAAGGUAUGUUUGUUGGGGAACAACUUUUGUAUUGGGCAAUGAAAACCAAAGCUUUUGAUGACCAACCUGCUUCGUUCAAAACUAUCCGAUGUACCAAAAAAGUAGAAGCCUUUGCUCUCACAGUUGAUGACUUGAAAACUUUAGCGCUCUCCGGAGACAUCUUCCCGAUGAAGUUUAAAGUUAGACUUCUCAAAAUUGCUGCUCAGCCGAAGAUAAGUGAGAAAUUAGAGGUGAUAUUUUUGUGGAUGGCAAUAAAUGGCAUUUCUGAUGAUGCGGCGCUAGAUAUUAUGCAUGGUAUUAGUCAAAACAAAUUGGAAGAAAACAUAGAUGCUGAAGUGGAUGUGAAUUAUAUCUUCUAUGUUCUUGAUGAAUAUGGGAAAAGCAUUAUGCGGCGCCAUUUCUGCAGGGAAACGCUGAAAAAAGUAAAGGAGCUUCAAAAUAUGAACGAUCAAGCAUUGGGAACGAUCUGCGACUAUCUCAAGCCAAAGAUGUUCGAGGAGAAUGCCCAGGUUGUUGAAGGGGGAGAGCCACUUAACACGAUGCUCAUUAUUAUAUCAGGCUCUAUGCAGGCGUACCUGCCAAUAAGGGAUGCUGGAGAAGCUGGAGACGCACGUCCCUCAACCUCAUUCGAAACUCUUGAGAAAGGUAUGUUUGUUGGAGAACAAUUUCUGGAUUGGGCAGCGAAAACCAAAACGUUCGAUGACCAACCUGUCUCAUUCAAAACUAUCCGAUGUUACCAAAAAGUAGAAGCCUUUGCUCUCACAGUUGAUGACUUAAAAAAUUUAGUGCUCUCCGGAGACAUCUUCCCGAUGAAGUCAAAAGUUGGCAUUCUCAAAAUUGCUGCUGACCCGAAGAUACGUGAGAAACUAGAGGCGAUAUUUUUGUGGAUGGAAAUAAAUGGCAUUUCUGAUGAUGUGGCUUUAGAUAUUAUGCAUGGUUUUAGUCAAAACAAAUUGAAAGAAAACAUAGAUGCUGAAGUGGAUUUGAAUUAUAUCUUCUCUGUUCUUGACGAAUGUGGGAGAAGCAUUAUGCGAUGCCAUUUCUGCAUGGAGACGCUGAAAAAAGUAAAGGAGCUUCGAAAUAUGAAUGAUCAAGCAUUGGGAAUGAUCUGCGACUAUCUCAAGCCAAAGAUGUUCAAGCAGAAUGCCCAGGUUGUUGAAGCGGGACAACCACUUAACGUGAUGCUCUAUAUUGUAGCAGGCUCUAUGCAGACGUACCUGCCAAUUAGGGCUGCUGGAGAGGCACGUCCCUCAACCUCAUUCGAAACUCUUGAGAAAGGUAUGUUUUUUGGAGGACAACUUCUGGAUUGGGCAGCGAAAACCAAAAAUUUUUAUGACCAACCUGUUUCGUUCAAAACUGUCCAAUGUACUGAAAAAGUAGAAGCCUUUGCUCUCACAGUUGAUGACUUGAAAACUUUAGUGGUCUCCAGAGACAUCUUCCAGAGGAGUUUAAAAUCCGAAGUUUAAACAACUCUUAGCCGUUGAAACUUCAUAUAGUUGGCACCUUCUUUUUUUUUUUGGUCAAUUGUAGUUGGCACUUCCUUGCAACAAGAUUGAUGAGAUACUAAACAAUUUUUAAGAAAAAAUUAAGCGUGAAGGUUAGGAGGAGGUUUGUUUGUUUAUUUUUUA